AUCCCAUUCCACCAAAAUCUAUCGACCCAUCCCAUCCCUUCGGCGCCUCUCCACUUCCCCCCGCCUCCUUCCUCGCUCGCUCGCCUUCAUCUCUUUCCUCUUUUUUCUUUACUUUCUGGAAUCGCUUCCGCUCGGGCUUCCGCUCCAGCGCUUGCUCCCAGCGAAACCAUCGCUCACCCUACAUCGCUUUCUGUCUCUUGUCCUAACCGCCUCCUUCCCUUACCGUAACCCCCUGCCUCUACCUAUCGUGCCUUACCACAUCCAACGAAAAGAAGCAAGAAGAAACUCUCCCCCCCCCACCCACCCACCAACCAACCAACCAAAACACGAAAAAUAAAUAAUCAUGGGCAUGCCAGUGUGGAAGGAACCUGUUGAGAAGAGGGAUAUCGAUGCCGUGCUUGAUCCUCGUCGUGCGGCCGUUCCUCGCCGUUCGGCGCCCAGUCGUCGAAUCAGAUCUUCCCAAACAUUGAUGAACUUGUGGCGGGAUGACUUUGCGCGGGAGACAAACACCCAUUCCAGUAUUGCGGGAGGCGAGGGCAGACGUGAGCGCCCUUAUCCAUGGAGCGAGUUGAGCGCACUCCCAGGUCCCGUGCCUGACCCAGAGCGCGCUGGAUUACGCGUGACACUGGCCGAUGCGGAGGCUAGAGCAUCCUCUAAUGCAACUUCGGGCAGAGGGGGCACAAGAAGAGUUCGCUCGCCUCUACCGGUAUUCAGGAGUGAGAACAGCCGGUUGCCUUCAUCUGCCUCCGAUACUUACACCCCACGCUUCCCCCCGGCCUUCCCGGAGAGGCAACAGGAGGAGGAGCUACGUCGGAUUCGCACUCCUUUCUCCAUUCCCGCGGCCGCCACCUCUUCCUCCUCCUCCGAGGGUAGUAGUAGCAGUAAUAGCAGUGCGGCUUCGCGCCGCCCUGGCGCUGGGGAAGGCCUUCAGCGCCCACCCCAAUACUUUUCCCGUUAUGAAUCCUUUAUCGAUGAAGCAGAGAAUGGAAGGCGUGAUGAAUUCUCCUACCUUCCGGGCCCUUCCGCUAGGCGCUGGCUGGAGGUUGAUGGGUUGGGGGACAGAGAGCGUAGUUUAAGGUCUAUUCCCCCGCAAACGUCAUUCUAUGAUGCUGUCGGACUAAUUGGCUUGGAUGAUAACAGCCCUGACCCCGCCCACUGGGAGUUGGUCGCUAAUGGCCUGGGAUUUCAAGCGGCAUGCGACUUGUGGGAAUCCGAUUCGGAUGCAGAUGGUAACCCUCUCGCCGGCGAGGUGAUGUGGGAUCCUCCUCAGGAUCGCGAAGAGGCCCUCAGAAUACGCCGUCUGCUCACCUCCCGUGCUGGGGGCAUCGAGCGCUUGAUGGAACGUCUUUAAAGGCACCAUUUGAUCGACCGGUCAACCCAAGAAGAAGAAAAGGGUUCGAAAACAUGGCUCUCCCUUUUUGGCUUGCCUCCUCCUCUCGUUUCCCCCCCACCUUUUUUUUCUUUUCCUGUUACUCUUUGUUUAGGGCUCUUUUAGGUUUGGGGGGGUCUUUUUUUCUUCAUUCUGUUUGUGCGCUAUCAUUCUGGUCUUUGAGUUUUCUCGGAAAUAAGUGCCUGGGUACGGUACGGUAUAUUUCAAGGUGUUUUUGUCCCCCCCCCUUUUUUUAUUUUUUAUUUUUUUUACCGUUAUUACUUGUGUACUUUCGAUUAUUCACUUGGCCCUGCUGUCCUCGCUUUUUUCUGGUAAAGAGCAAGGCUUGCGCUCGCUAUGUAUUUGAUUUCGUGCUGAACGGAAAUCUGUUGUUGGUGGUGGUGGUGGUGGUGGUGGAUAGUUAUAUAGACAACUUUCUGUUUGGGGAAUUUGUCUAUGCUAUCAGAAAUCAGAAGAGUAAUUGCAGGCACGACUGGUUACGGGUUUUUAGAUGUGUAUCCUUGUUAUCUUGUUAUUCUCUUUCAUCGUCGUGGGGAAAAAAUGGUAACAUAGAUUGUGUUCCGGGAGAGUGCCGUGAUUGUGGUCCAUCUUUGUGUUCUGAAGCGAUUCUCGUCGGUGGCAUUUGGCGUUUUGUGGUGGGGUUUCCCCGGGGAAUGGUACGAGGCUGGUGACAAAAAUGAUGAGCAAAAUGGCAUGUAACAGCCCAAACCAUCCGAGUUCACACAUUCCAUUUAAUACAUUCUGGAGUUGUAAAAAAAUUGAAAAA